GAGCCAUUUUUCAAGCAGCAGGAAUGGAGCUUGCGACCUAAUAAAAUCCGUUGCUUCUUCCCUGUUUUAGAAACAUAUCGUUUAUCAAUUUUUAAAGAACGGGCAUGUAAAAUAUUAGAUAUUAGUUAACGAUAUCCCAGAUUUUUUUUUUUGUCGAAUCAAUGCGGAUUUUGGAAAAAAAGUGCUCCCAAGUAGCGGAGGGUCAAAAGGACAUUCGAGCCUGAUGAUGAGAAAGGGGGGAGUCUCUGUCCCGGAGAAAGUCCUAAUUGCAGGGGUCGUAGGCUCCUCCAUGGACAAAAACCGCACAGUUCUGACCCAGUACACCAAUGCGCCGUAUUAUCAGAUCUUAAGCCCUCCGCCAUGUCCGAACCAGACUAACAAUGUCGGUGUCCCAGACCCGACCGACAGUCAGCUAUAUACUACCCCCAUCGGGGUGUCUACAAACGGGACCGGACAGCGACCACCCCUCGGAAGACACCCGGCGAAGCGUCGGUUGGAGCUGGAGGAGAGUGAGCAGCAGUACACCAGUGAGACUAACAGAGGCUCCAGAGCCACCAGGCACUCCCUCAGAGGACCCAAGAGUAAGAGGGGGGAGGGGAGGACAUUAUGGGGGUGCCUAAGUUACCAUGGGGUUCAUUGA